AUGACCUCAUUUGCUGGUUCCAGCCUGCAGCAGGAAAGGAUGUACAAGAUGCACCGGGGCCAUGAGUCCAUGCAUGUGGAGAUGAUCUUGAUCUUCCUCUGCGCACUGGUCAUCGCCCAGAUAGUGCUGGUACAGUGGAGACAGAGGCAUGGCCGGUCCUACAAUCUGGUGACACUGUUGCAGAUGUGGGUUGUCCCUCUGUAUUUCACGAUAAAACUUUACUGGUGGCGGUUUCUGUCUAUGUGGGGAAUGUUCUCAGUUAUUACCAGUUACGUCCUCUUCAGAGCUACCCGAAAACCCCUCUCAGGGAGAACACCAAGAUUGGUCUACAAAUGGUUUCUUCUAAUCUACAAACUCAGCUAUGCAUUUGGUGUUGUGGGUUAUUUGGCCAUCAUGUUUACAAUGUGUGGAUUCAAUUUAUUUUUCAAAAUCAAGGCUAGAGAUUCCAUGGAUUUUGGCAUUGUAUCCUUGUUCUAUGGCCUCUACUAUGGCGUAAUGGGGAGAGAUUUUGCAGAGAUCUGUUCGGAUUACAUGGCUUCUACUAUAGGGUUCUACAGCGUCAGUGGGAUGCCCACAAGGAGCUUGUCAGACAAUGUCUGCGCCGUCUGUGGGCAGAAGAUCAUUGUGGAGCUCAAUGAAGAAGGGCUCAUUGAAAACACCUACCAGCUCUCAUGCAAUCAUAUCUUUCACGAAUUCUGCAUCCGAGGUUGGUGUAUAGUUGGUAAAAAGCAGACUUGCCCUUACUGCAAAGAGAAGGUUGAUUUGAAGAGGAUGAUCAGUAACCCCUGGGAGCGCACACACUUUUUAUAUGGACAAAUCCUGGAUUGGCUUCGUUAUUUGGUGGCCUGGCAACCCGUGGUGAUUGGAAUAGUUCAAGGCAUUAAUUAUUCACUAGGGCUGGAAUAG